CACACACACAGAGACAGACAACACAACAACAACACGACAGCAUGGAGGAGGUCUGAGCCUGCAGGGGGACAGGAAGAAGAUAACAAGACGGAACAUUUGGCUGAAGAUGGAUUCACACCCGCUGAUAAACGCCAUGGACCCGUCCAUCACGCUGUGGCAGUUCCUGCUCCACUUACUGGAGGACCAGCGGCAGCGUCACCUGAUCUCCUGGACAGGUGAGGAUGGAGAAUUCAAGCUUCUGGACGCUGAAGAGGUCGCACGAUUGUGGGGGCUCCGCAAGAACAAGCACAACAUGAACUACGACAAACUAAGCCGGGCCCUCAGAUAUUACUACGACAAGAACAUCAUAAAGAAAGUGAGCGGUCAGAAGUUUGUUUACAAGUUUGUCAGUCAGCCUGACCCCUCCCUGCCUGAGGGGGUACGUAACGGAGAGGAGAGCCAGAGGAGGGACAGCACUGACCCAAACAGCCAAUCAAAAGGCCUUGGGGGCGUUGCCUCAACCUGUCAGUCAAAGGGCUUGCCCCAGCGCUCGUCACCCAGCAGCUCCCAGAAAAGCUCCAGGAACGACUACAUGAAGUCUGGCCUUUACUCCACCUUCACCAUCCAGUCACUGCAGGCCUCACCCAACCCACGGCCAAUCAAAACAGAGCUGCUACUGCAACAAGACCCCGCCCCCAAGGUUGAUCGCACGCCCAGAGAGGUCUGUGUAUUAUCAGAGUCUAAAUCCUCUCCGUCAGUAAGUGGAGCUGUUGACUCUGCUCUCCAGGUGAUCGUCACUCAGCCGUCACCCUGUCCGACGCCCGCCCUCAGUCCUCAGAUACCAGCCAACACCACCAGCCAAUCACAGAAUCCUCCUGCUCCUCCUCUGGGCGACCCUCCCCAGAUUUAUCUCACCAGCGUUGGGGAUUCAUCCUCCCUCACCCCCCUCAUCCCUCUGGGUUCUGUUGGUGGGUCCGCGAGUCCUGUCCCUCCCCCCCAUGUUACCAUGGGCCUCCAGGGGCCGCAGCAGGACGACUGUGGGGGAGUCACCAACCCCGCCAGCUUCCCACCACAGCCCCACGUUGCUCCUCACUCAACUCACCCGUCGCCUGUCUUCGUCAUCAUCAACCCUCCUCCCCCACAGCAGCAGCAGCAGCAGCAGCAGCAGCAGCAGCAGCAGCAGCAGCAGCAGCAGCAGGUGGCCAUGACACCUGUUCCUCCCUCUGUUGCACCUCCUCCCUCUGUUCCUCCCCCCGCCCAUCCUCCUCCCCCCAUCGUCAUCAAGGAGGAGAACCUGCCAUCAGAGGAGGAGCUGCUGGAGAUGGUGUCUCUGGAGGAGAAACAGGUGGAUGAGGUUCCUCAGGUGAUCUGUGGUUCGGGGCAACCAGAGCCCCCCCUCACCAUCGUGGAGAGCCCGUCCCCUCCCUGCAUGGAGCCCGGGGUAGGAGGGCAGCAGCCUGCAGGGGAGGGGGGAGCAGAGGGGGAGGGCAAGGACAUGCUAACAGAUCCCUCCGACCCUCCAGUAACAUCGUCCUCAGCGGUGACCCCUCCUGUGACCCCCGCCUUGGACGCUGCUCCUCCCAAACCAAAGAAGCCACGAGGCCUGGAGCUGCCCUCCUCCCCUUCCCUCCCUCCUGGCCUCUCCUUGGAUAAGGUGAAUGCAGCUGUUAACAGUUUACUGGCUCCUGGAUCAGCAACCAACACACUCACCCCGACUGUCAUCACCUCCCACGCUCUGACUCCGGUGCUGCUGACUCCCAGUCCUCUUCCCUCCACCAUCCACUUCUGGAGCACGCUCAGUCCCAUAGCUCCUCGCUCCCCGGCCAAACUCUCCUUCCAGUUUCCCACAAACGGCAGUAAUCAGAUCCACAUCCCGGCCCUGAGCGUCGACGGUCUCUCCACCCCUGUGGUCCUCUCCCCUGGCCCCCAGAAACCCUGAGCUCCCUGCCCCCCUCACACAGCUCCUCACUGGGCACAGAACUCACCUGAUGGUCCGCUGGCCUCCUGGAGGAGAACUGGAUCUGGGCUGACUCCAGAACCAUUUAAGCGCGUCGUCUGACUGGUAAGAGUGGGAGGUUUGAUGGUUCACGGGGACCCUUCACUGGCGGAGAAUCCUGGAGAAACCAGAAACCAGUUUGUUGAAGGUCGGAGCCUCUGAACUCCGCUGCCAAAUAUUUAAGCCAGAGAGCAGGUGGAUGUCUGAGCUGCGUCCUCUUUCAGCCACUUCCCUCGCUUGAGAAGCCGACAGUUUAAAGACAGUUGGUGACGACGACGAUGAUGAUGAGGUGGAGGGAUGCAAGUUUUCUUCUUCUACUGAGGGCUUCAACUAAUGAUGUAACUGUAGAUAAAGAUAGUUUUUAACUGACUGUUCCUUCAGUCCGACCAACGCCUGAAAACUGAUUUAGUUUAUGAUGAAGUCACAUGGGCAGAAGCAGAAAACUGGAACAAGAUUGUUUAAAGUUUUUACUGGAGAAAUGAAAAACAUUCAGACAUCUGUUAAUUCUUUUAUGGAUCGACUGACGACCUGUUUUCCGGUGGAUUCGUCUCGACUCAGACAGGAAAGAUGUUUAUUUUAAAUCUGACCUGAUCAGAUGAAAAUGACCUAAGCCUUAUUAAUAUUCAUGAGGAAACACCUGGACCCGGGCAGAGCUGAAAUCCGGAUCAGUCUCAGAUCUCUCUCGCUGGAUCUUUUCGGGGCUUUUUGCUCUUAUUGUCUGUUUUUUAAAACAUGGUUAUUUAUUCCUGUUCCCUGUUUCCAGCAGUGUUCGCUGCAGGUUCUUGAAUAUAACUCGACUGUUGUACGGCUCUGGACUGUAACAGGUGUGUUUGAUUUCAACACUCCCACAUGACUUUUCUCCCGUUGGAACAGAAACAGCAUCGUUCUCUAAACUCACCUUUGCUCAGUAAGGUUUGUGCUUUGCUCUUAUUGGCCGCUUUUUAAGGCCACGCCUUCCCACACUUAUGCAUGGCCUGUUAUUGGACUGAACUGCUCAGCAUCACGAAUUGACCAGUCAGAGCAGGGAGGAUGAUGAUAAUGAUGAUGAUGGACCUGAGCUGCAGAGUUUUUACACAGCCAAGGUAUUUCUCUAUAAAAGUCUCUCAAUGGGACAGAUUGUAUAUUUUUAAAAGAGUCUUUGAAUUUCAAGAAGCUGAAGUGUCGUCUUGUGGCUCUACAGGAGUGAACUGUUUGGAUUUAAAGGUUUUAUUGACCAUGCAGUCACAUUCCUUUGGCUUUAAAAUGUUGAUGGACGUGUUUAUUGGUUAUUAACUGUUUAAUUUCAACCUUUCAUUCCAGAUGUACAGUGGAUUUUAGUUGAGCAGCUCUGAUGGAUGAAUGUUUUUUUAUUCCUGAAAGCCUCGGAUUCAUGGCCUUGUAAAUCUGCAGCGAUGUUGCCACAAGUCGACACAGUUUUCAUGUCGUUUCCAUCCAGAGUUCAGACGGAGCGAAGACACUGAUCUGAGUUUCAACAGUGAGACGCCUCGCUCGAAAAAAUACUUCUCAACUUUAACUUUGAACUGACACGAGUGACAGAAACUUGGGAGGAGGAGUGGGAAGCGAGUCGGUAGUGUUGGGAUGUUUUGGGGCUGCGGAGGUGAUGAAAAGAUGAAAGCAGCUCGACUUUCAGUGAAGCUGGAUCCUCAGACUCGUUAUAGCAGCGCAAAUCAGCUCAAAGCUUUAGUCUCAAGUUAUCACCUGACAACUGAGUGACUCAAAUCACCUCAGAUUUACCUGUACAGGUGAAGUAAAUCCACGUAUUGAUUUCAACUUAAACUUAAACAGCUGACCUGAGUCCACGCAUCCAGUCUCACUGAGGCUCCUUUGUCACUUGUGGCAACAUCAACGUCUGUUUUUACCUGAAGCAUCCAAAGUGACAACGAACCGUCUGUGGACAGACUCUGAUGGUUCUUUUGAAAAGACUGUUGUUGUUGUUGUUGUUGUUGUUGUUAUUUGUGAUGCUAGCUGAACUCUGUGGUUGCCAUGGUAACCUGAUCUGACUGUUGCUGACCUGCAGGUCGCUGUUGUUGCUGAAGCUCCUCGUGAUGACGCCGUUAACGUGUUUCUGUGCUUCUGUGUGCAACGACAAGGCUGC